UGAACUUUUAGCGACAUUUUAAUUUUUAAGAAAGGAUCAAAACAAAAGUCAAAGAAAUAUCACACUGGUCUACCAUUUUGAACAUUCUGUUUUCCACACCUGCAGUCCUGAGUUUGUACAAAUACGUGAUUUACUUCUUGAUACAUGAUAAUUAAUUUGCAUUAAUUAUGCAUGUUUUGAUCGCAUAUAUAGCCAGUUUUUACGCCAUAUCUAACUUAAUCACUUUGUCACAACUUCAAGCACAGAAGGUUAACCUUGGACUUUUGAAUUCACACAAGGCCACGAUGUACACUCGAAAUAUUUUGACUGGUGUGUUUUUGCUACUUUGUUGUUCGUCAGUUCACCUACUCCAUGUCUCUUUGUCAUCAGAAGAUAGAGUCGACCUGUCGCCGUCAGAUACGCGACACCGAAAAGGCGAGGUCGAACGGUAUGAGAGGAGUCGGUUAGACCUGACAAACAUUGUUGAAGACUUAGAAAAAUUAAACGACUAUCUUGAAGACAAAGUCAUACAUGAUUUGAAGAAAGUGGAAAAAGAAAGAUUUGAAAACGUGGAGAGAGAUGACGUCUCUAUUCCGAAAGGAAUGUGGGGAAGAUGAAGCAUUAUAACUUUGUUUACGAGAUUAUAAUUUUGAUAAACGUCACUAAUUGCUUGUGUACAUAACAAGAACUCCCUCUCUAUACACAGAAUGAUUUCAUAUUCCCUUCACGGCUUUUUUAUAAAAAUUUUCGUCUCGUUA